AUGCUGAUCAGAGAUGAUGAAUUAGCCUUACAUCUGCCUUCGCCUUGGCUAAACUGCCUUUUUUUCUAUCUCGCCUACACUCGUUUGGUAUCGCAAUUUGGAACAACCAAGACGAAUACACCCACGCCGGAGGACCCAACCAACCAGUUCUACAUUUUGCCGCCGGAUCUGACGCCGCCUCCGCCGGCCUCGAUGGAGGCCUAUCGGCCGCACAGUCGAACCGAAGUCUCGGAAUCCACCAGAACUCCAGACUCCUUUUGGCCUCGGCCGCCGUCUGAGAUGGUAGCCUGCGAGGCAGAAGAAGAUAAAGAAAUCAAAGAGGAAGAAGAAGAAGAAGAAGGAGAAGAAAAAGAAGAAGAAAAAGAAAAA